AUGCCUCCUCAGAAUACAGACCUCCAAUUUUCCAUCUCAAGGUGGUUUGGCUUACGCCGGCGAGAUUCGGUCCGGCCAGACAACGGCGGCGUCGACGGCGAUGACAAUCAGUUCUCGUUCUCGGGGGGCGAGUGCCACGUGUGCACCCAGGUGGGGGUCCCGGUCUUCCACUCCACCAGCUGCGACAACACCGACCAGCCGGAGUGGGAGGCCUCGGCAGGCUCGUCCCUUCUCCCCAUAAAGAACCGGAUCGGGCGCCCGAAGGCCGGAUCCGGCGGCGACGGGCGGCGGCCGCCGGUCCUGGACCCGCGGACGAAGCGCGUGCAGAGGUGGAACCGCGCGUUCCUGCUGGCGCGUGGGAUGGCGCUGGCGGUGGACCCCCUCUUCUUCUACGCGCUGUCGAUCGGGCGAGGCGGGUCGCCGUGCCUGUACAUGGACGGCGGGCUGGCGGCGGUGGUGACGGUGCUCCGGACGUGCCUGGAUGCGGUGCACCUGUGCCACCUGUGGCUGCAGCUCAGGCUGGCCUACGUGUCCAGGGAGUCGCUGGUCGUGGGCUGCGGGAAGCUGGUGUGGGACCCACGCGCCAUCGCCGCCCAUUACCUGCGCUCCGUCAAGGGCUUCUGGUUUGAUGUCUUCGUCAUUCUCCCCGUCCCUCAGGCUGUGUUCUGGUUAAUAUUGCCAAAAUUGAUAAAGGAGGAACAAAUAAAGCUUAUCAUGACAAUUUUACUGAUAAUCUUCAUGUUCCAAUUCCUACCGAAGGUCUAUCACAGCAUAUACCUAAUGAGAAGAAUGCAAAAGGUGACCGGUUAUAUAUUCGGCACCAUUUGGUGGGGUUUUGGCCUUAAUCUCAUCGCCUACUUCAUAGCUUCCCAUGUUGCUGGUGGAUGCUGGUAUGUUCUUGCAAUACAGCGUGUGGCUUCUUGUCUCAAACAACAGUGUGCCUUAAAUGGUAGUUGUAACCUGUCUCUUUCGUGCUCGGAGGAGGUCUGCUAUCAGUUUCUUUUGCCAUCCGACACUUUGGGCAACCCGUGUGGCAGGAACUCGACGGUUGUGGUCAGAAAGCCGAUGUGUCUGGACGUUAAUGGUCCUUUCCGUUAUGGAAUAUACAAAUGGGCUUUGCCUGUUGUGUCGAGCAACUCUGUGGCUGUCAAGAUUCUCUAUCCGAUUUUCUGGGGAUUGAUGACCCUAAGCACCUUUGGCAAUGACCUGGAACCAACGAGUAACUGGUUGGAAGUAAUGUUCAGUAUAUCCACCGUGCUGAGUGGUCUACUAUUGUUCACUCUGUUAAUCGGUAACAUUCAGGUGUUUCUGCAUGCAGUGAUGGCCAAGAAAAGGAAAAUGCAACUGAGAAUCCGAGACAUGGAGUGGUGGAUGAAACGGAGACAGCUUCCUUCACAAUUGAGGCACAGAGUACGGCGUUAUGAGCGGCAACGGUGGGCCACCGUUGGUUGUGAUGACGAAAUGGAAUUAAUCCGGGACUUGCCAGAGGGACUCAGGCGGGACAUCAAGCGCUUUCUUUGCCUUGAUCUAAUUAAAAAGGUGCCUCUGUUUGAUAGCUUGGAUGACCUCAUCUUAGAUAACAUAUGCGAUCGCCUCAAGCCUCUCAUUUUCUCCAAAGACGAGAAGAUUAUACGAGAAGGCGACCCGGUCCCGCGUAUUGUGUUCAUGGUGCGAGGCCGGGUGAAAAGUAGCCAGAGGCUGAGCCGUGGGAUGGUGGCCACGAGCCUCCUGGAGGCCGGCGGGUUUUUCGGAGACGAGCUGUUGUCGUGGUGCCUGCGGCGGCCGUUCAUGGAGCGGCUCCCAGCAUCGUCCGCCACAUUCACGUGCAUUGAGUCCACUGAGGCCUUUGCUCUCGAGGCCAACGACCUCAAGUACAUAACGGACCACUUCAGGUACAAGUUUGCCAACGAGAAGCUGAUGCGGACAGCAAGGUAUUACUCGUCUAACUGGAGGACGUGGGCCGCCGUCAACAUCCAGCUUGCAUGGCGGCGUUAUAACAUACGAACGAGAAGUGUGGUCAGCCGCCGUUCGAUCAAUGGUGAUAGUGAUCGGCUGCUUAGGCAGUAUGCGGCCUUCUUCAUGUCGGUCAGGCCUCAUGAUCAUCUCGAGUAA